GGAACCGCCCGGAGAACCUCAACACUAGGCGAGGGUGUGUUGACGUCGCUCAUAAUUUGUCAUAACUUGGUCUGACUUCUAUUUGGUCGGGGGCUUCAAGCAACGGACACCAAAAGCGAAGUAUUUUGAGGCUGUCGACUGAAAUAUAUUUCACAGGCUGUCAUGAUGAGGAUUAGAACCAUACUUGGCCUUAUCGGCUUGAUGUUUGCCAGCAUACAUUGCCAGAGCACUUGUACGUCUCCAUAUCAAGAAACUCACUGCCUCUACAAGAAAGACAAAUGCAUUCAAGACGUGAGCACACCCAUUGAUGUCUCCAGUGUUCCUUACCAAGGCAAUAUCGCCGUCAAAUUGCGAUAUGGGUUCUGGCCAUACCCGACGACCAACUGCUCACUGGUGCUUAUCUACAAUACACCGGCGCUUUUCUUAGUGAAGCAAUCAGAGGAAUACAACUUUAACCUUGGUGACAGACAAUGUUUGACGCUUUUCGACGGCCCAACGACUGGUGCUAGCAAAUGGUUGCGUAAAUGCGGACGCAGCGAUAACCGCUUCGUCUUUAUUACUACUGGUCCGGCGGUUGUGUUCCACAUGACCACACCCGGUGAAAACAUCGUUUCAACAUAUACCUUUAUUGUGACACCUGGCGCAUUAGAAGCUAACCUGUACAUGGAGGACUAUUGUCAAGCUGCAAGCAAUCCACUGGUUUACCCGAAUAAAACCAUCUGGCUUCAUACCAACAGGGGCAGCCUGUACAAUAACAGUGUUGAUUGCACAAUGACGUUGUACACCGAGCCCAACCACAGGCUGCUUAUCAAGUUCCAUGCCUUGUUUUUGGAAGAGUACGAUUGCCUGACUUUCUAUGAUUCAGACGGCACAAAUACCGGUUCACGUAUCCGACGGGUGUGUGGGAUAUACCAAGAUGCAGAAAUGGAAACUAAGGGCCGUUACUUGACAAUCAAUUUUAACACGGAUGCGGCUGACAGAAAGGAAGGAGCAACCAUGGCAAUCACGUCCACCUCUGAAGAGUGGACCUGCGAUUCUGGUCAAGUCAAGUGCGACGACGGAAGUAACUGCUAUAGCCUGGUGUACGACCGCUGUGAUGGAAACUUCGACUGUAACGACGGUAGUGAUGAGAAAAAUUGUUCUGUCUGUUACUCGGGCGUGAAAUGUGAGGUUGUAGAGGGCAAAGGUCAAGUUUGCAUCCCGAGAUUGAAGAUGUGCGACGGAAUGAGUGACUGCUUAGACAACCAAGAUGAACUUCAUGAAAGUUGUUGGUGCCUCGCUAACACCUUACGUUGUCUGACCGCAAGUGGCUAUAAGUACUGCAUUGGAAGCUAUCAAAUAUGCGAUUCUGAUCGGGAUUGCCUGAAAGGCGAAGAUGAGGAACCGUCACUUUGCGAUUGUCAGUCUGGUUUCUACUGCCAUCGCAUCCCCAAUGGUCAGUAUGGCUGUCUGAAUUCCUCGGACAUUUGCAAUGGUGAGCGCCAGUGCAUGAAUGGAUAUGAUGAAGACAGACACUUUUGCGAAUUGACUUGCGAUUCAGGUCAAGUCAUGUGCGACGACGGAAAAAACUGUUAUAGCUUAGCGGUGGAGCGUUGUAAUGACAUCUUCGAGUGUGAGGACGGAAGUGAUGAGAAGAACUGCUCUUUCUGUUACUCAGGGGUGCAGUGCGAGAUUUUCGAAGGCAGUGGCCAAGUGUGCAUUCCGAGAAGGAAGAUAUGCAACGCAGUGAGUGACUGCACUGACAACCAAGAUGAACCAGAUAGUUGUUGGUGCCAGGAAGAUAAGUUUCGUUGUCUGACCCUUGACGGGUUUCAUCUCUGCAUUGGAAACGAUGAAAUUUGUGAUUCAGACUGGGAUUGCAAAUAUGGCGAAGAUGAAAAUCCGUCACUUUGCGGCUGUCAGUCUGGUUUCUACUGCCACCGUAUCCCGAAUGGUCAGUACGGUUGUCUGAAUUCCUCAGACAUUUGCAAUGGUGAUCGCCAGUGCAUCAACGGAUAUGAUGAAGGCGGAGAUCUCUGUAAGUCUGCCCCCUCUGGUACUGGUCGUCUGGUAGACUGGAUGGCAUCUUUAUUGGUUACAUCAUCUUUGCUGUCAUCAUCGUUGUCAUUACGUGCAUGAUCCCCCAAAAUGCAAACCGUUUGAUGAGUGACCCAUGAUGAGCGACUCCGCGCGAAAACUGGAGCCUACAGUGAAAUACACUCAUGGAUUCUCGUUUGUUGUUAAAAUAUUCAAAGAUCAGAAAUGCCAUGAAUGACAGAAUCCACAACUCUAAUUUCACUAGAAACGUAUACUAUAAAUUGCAUUUGUACAACACAUGACACGCCACAUAUAAGUUCCAUGGUUCAAAUGUCCACAUUUUCCUGAUGUAUAUUGCUGUGAUAAAUUCUGUAUACACUUGAACCUAAUCGUGGAAGUAUGUUUUUCCCUAGGAUUUGCCCACAACUUGUAUGGGCAGCCACAGCUUGCAGAAAUAUCACCUUCUGGUUGGUUUUUCGAUGUUACAAGGCUAAAAUUCAUUCAAAACGGACAUUUGUUCCAUUAGUUCCGAAUAGGGUGAUAUGUUCAUUUACUAUUAGGUACAAUGUGUAUUUUCAUCUGGUGUUCUGUAGCUGAUGAGUGGGAUUAUUUUAACACUUUGUGAAUUAUUCUAUUACUUUUGUACCGACGGCCAGAGCUAAUAUUUGGGCUAUACUCUUGUAGGAAGAACUCGACCACUCGAGGCACAUACCUCACAGAUUCAUGAAACACUUCAUUUUAGUACGAAGAGGGUAGGGCAUAGGUAGGGCACAUGCAGGUUUCAUGCAUAUAAUCAUGUCAUGACAUUCGGGUAGGAUUUUCUAAAAAUGUUGAUUACACCGACCUGUUAUUAAGUUGUUUCAAUUUCUGCUCAGUUUCAAUGACACGAUUGUGAGUGGCUGGUCGUUCGAAUUCGUGCCAUGAGCAUGUGAAUUGUUUUCUUUUCAUGACUAUCUGCGGUAUGUGCGAAUUCCAAAGGUCAAAAAUCCUGAAUAUAGGGUUACGUGUAAUAAAGGUUAACCACUUGUAUUAUAUGAAGCUUAAAGUAUAAUUUUACAGAAUGGAAAACGACGAAACGAUACAGAGGUGUAGUGACAAGGACAUGAAGCUUGCUGAAGAAUUAUUCGUGUCUGCUCUUUUGACGUCAUGGUGUCUGCAAAUGCCAUCGUUUCAUGUUUUUUUGCAGUUGGUUACUUAUUCAGUAUAAUGGUAUCUCUACCAGUUAUAUUUUUUCACUACAGGUUUAAGUGUUCUUUUAUUUUUGUUUAACUACCUAUAAUGUUUAGCAUUUUAAUUUCUCUUUUGUCUUCGUGUGUAUAAUUAUAUAUAGGGCCUAUAUUUGAUUUUAUACGAUGCCUGUGGAGGAGGAGGCCUGUGGGGUACAUCCAGUUGACAUUUUCUUCUCCUGGCAUCUGCUGCAGGCACUGUUUUGUCCUUGUCUUAAUAGUAGUAGGCCUAUAUUGUUCUUUUUACUGUUAUUGAUGCCAAAUAAAUAAGUAUAUAGACCUGUAUAUGAGGAACAAGUCACGUUCUUAAGCGAUUGAAAGCGUGGGGGGUUGAAAGCGUCAAAAACGUCUGAAGUUGAGCUUUGCCACAGUUAUAAGUUUCCAAGUAGGUUCAUUUUGACUGUGAUGUUAUUAUGUGAAUACAAAUCUUUUGAAAUUUAAAUCAGUAUCUGAUAAAAAUGAACAGAAAUCGGUAUUUUACAGAUGAACAAGUUUUGUACAUACAGUUAAUACAGCUACAUCGCAAGUGUGUUUUGAAUUUGGUUGUUUGUUUUACAUUUCACAGAGCUGAUUACGAAAUAACCCAUGUGAAGAGGCCCGUGGUUAGUGCUCUUUAAACACUUGAACUCAAAAGAAUUUGAACUUUGCUGCGUAUUGUUACGGAGUCUGAUGUCACCGUAAUAAACCACUGCUGUCGAGAUGACUCAUAGUCA